GCAGUAGGAACUACAGGAAGUUGCGGCAAAGAUAUUGUGAAAUUGGUUAAAGAUGUAUGAUUAUUUUCACAACACUUUAAUACACACCAGCUCUCACAUCAGUGCAUCUGUCAUUUUAUUACUAAACUCUUUAUCUUGAAGAGUUUGUCCUUUCAUAUUUGUGGAUAAAACAAGAUUUUUACAUGGUUUCGUUCUGUUUGUGCCUGUGGUUUCUGGUUGGUGUUGAGAUGAAGCCAGUGUCAGUGAAGGAGGGAGACUCUGUCACUCUACACACUGAUAGAGAAAUGAGGAAUAAUGAUCUGGUUGUGUGGAGAUUUGGGCCUGAAAACACUUUAAUAGCUGAAAUCAAUGUAGUGAACAGCAGUGUGACUGUAAAUGAUGACUAUGAUGGGAGAUUCAGAGGCAGAAUGAAGGUAGAUCAUCAAACUGGAUGUCUGACCAUCAAAAACACCAGAAUUGAACAUGCUGGACGUUAUGAACUACAGAUCAACCGUAUGAAGAAGUUUUUCAUUGUCACUGUCAGUGGUGUAUUUGAUCAUGAUGAUGAGAUAAUGAAGUCAGUGAUGGAGGGAGACUCUGUCACUUUACACACUGAUAGUGAAAUGGAGAAUGAUGAUGAUCUGAUUCUGUGGCAGUUUGGAAACUACUUAAUUGCUGAAUUCAAUAAAACAGUCAACAGCACCACUGUAAAUGAUGAGGUUCUCGAUGGGAGAUUCAGAGGCAGACUGCAGGUGGAUCCUCAAACUGGAUCUCUGACCAUCACAAACACCAGAACUGAACACACUGGAUUUUAUCCAAUGCAGACCAACCAUAUGAAGAAAGUUUUCAUUCUCAGUGUCUAUUCUCCUCUGCCUGUUCCUGUCAUCUUCUGUUACUGUCCCCAAUCAUCAUCAACAGUGUCCAGACAUGUUCUGCUGUGUUCAGUUUUGAAUGCGAGUCAAGCAACGCUCUCCUGGUACAAAGGAAACAGUUUAUUCUCCAGCACAAGUGUGUCUGAUUUCAGCAUCAGUCUCUCUCUACCUCUGGAGGUGGAAUAUCAGGAUGAAAACACCUACAGCUGUGUGCUCAACAAUUCAUUCACUGAACAGACUCAACGUCUGGACAUUAGUCAACUCUGUUACACAUGUUCAGACUCUUUCCGUGGUUGUGAUACUGUUGAAGCUGUGAUCCGAUUGGUUGCCACUGCUCUGGUGGGCAUGGCUGCUGCAGCUGCCAUUGUUGUGCUGGUUUAUGACAUAAGAUCCAGGAGAGCUGAACAGUAUUGAGCACAAAUUACCACAUCAGGAUCCUAAAUCAUAAUGCAAUUUCUGAUUUUUUUCUACUUUUUUAAUAUCUUUUAUAGUUAUUCAAUUUUGGCUUUAUACAGAGGGGUAUUCCAGAAAGUAAGGUUAACUUACCUUCACAUAUACCCUGAACUCUUGGUUGAUUAACCCAAAACAUGCUUACUUGAGGUAUGCUGGUUCCAAAAUUCCAAAAAGACAUUCUGAACAGAGCAAUGAAUCGAUGAUUCACCAUGGAAACAGACGCUAACAAGCAGCAUUCUACUUCCUUCUACACUGAUCAGGCAUAACAUUAUGACCACCUUCCUAAUAUUGUGUUGGUCCCAAUUUGGCUGCGAAAACAGCCCUAACUCAUCGAGCCAUGGACUCCACUAGACCCCUGAAGGUGUGCUGUGGUAUCUGGCAACAAGAUGUUAGCAGCAGCAAACAGUUCUUGAGCAAACUGAGCUACAGUAGCUCAUCUGUUGGAUCGGACCACACUGGCCAGCCUUCGCUCCCCGCGUGCAUCAGUGAGCCUUGGUCGCCCAUGACCCUGUCGCCGGUUCACCACUCUUUUGAUAGAU